CGAACACCACAAGCAAGCAAAGCAAACAAACAUGGCUGAAGCAGAAAUUAGCGAUAAAACUGUGUUUGAAAACAAUAUAGGCGAAUUAGAAAACAAUUCAAUGGACAUGGAAAUGAAUAGUGUAUCUAAACCUAGUAGUAAGCAGUGGGUUAAAUUAAAUGUUGGUGGUACGUGUUUUUUGACGACUAAAACAACUUUAUCAAGAGACCCAAAUUCGUUUUUAUAUAGACUGUGUAAAGAAGACUCCGACCUGAUAUCUGAUAGGGAUGAGAAAGGUGCUUAUUUGAUCGAUCGGGACCCUACUUAUUUCAGUCCUGUGUUAAAUUAUUUACGGCAUGGAAAACUAAUCAUUAAUAAGGAUUUAGAAGAAGAAGGAGUACUGGAGGAAGCAGAGUUUUAUAACAUCACAGAACUCAUCCGACUAGUGAAAGAACGCAUUGUGUGCCGAGAUACCCGACCUCUUAAAGACUCAAAGAAACACGUGUACAGAGUGAUACAAUGUCAUGAGGACGAGCUCACGCAAAUGGUGUCCACUAUGAGCGACGGCUGGAAGUUUGAACAGCUGAUCAACAUUGGCUCACAAUACAACUAUGGGAACGAGGAUCACGCAGAGUUCCUGUGUGUAGUGUCGAGAGAGUACGGCCCUCGAGACAGGAACACCAAGGAGACUGAACCUACUGACAGGGCCAAGGUGUUGCAGCAGAAAGGAUCAAGAAUGUGAAGAUUUGGACAGUAAAAUGCCUCACCUGAUGUACUCAUUUUAGCAAUUCUAACUCUAGUUGAAGGUGACAAUUCACUGAUUUAAAAAAAUAGCGGCAUUAUGAUUUUAAAGUAUUAUUUAUGAAAUUGUAUUUUAAGAAUGUGCAAAAGUACAACAAGGUUUAUAAACUUUUAGCCCAAGUUAUUUUUUGGCCCUUGUCAGUUUGACUCAACCAAUUUUGAUUUUUCAUAUUAUCAAUAUGGUUAUAAUAAGUAUUGGUUCUUGCCUUGCAUUUUUUACCUUGCCGCUGGGUAUACGGAGCAAAAUCGAUUUUCACCUGUUUUUUGCUCAUCCUAUUUUUAUUCUAGCAUAACUGUUUAGUAUUUUUACUAUAAGUUUAUUGGUCAGGUCUUUGAGUUUAAAGCGUGUAUCUGUAAUCAACAUUUAGUUUUCCAGAGAGGGUUUUAGUGUUGUUUUACUGCAAUAAAAAUCUUUAAAGAAGAAGCUAAUUUAAUUAAUUUUGACAUCUAGACAGCCAACAUGAUGAACUUUUUUGCAAGUUGGGAACAAACUUGUACGCCACUCCAUUCAGACAGUUUUUAUGAAGAUUAAUCUUGAGAGAUCCUACUUGUUGUUUACACAAAUCUCCCAGUAAGGUGAAUGAUAAGCCAUCCAAUUAAUUGAAUGAACAAUGUGAAUAGUUAUAUUGUUGUAAAUAAACACAAAACCUACAUGUGAAAUUCGAAAAACAAAGUUUUCUUGCCAGCAUUAUUUGUAUUGGUUUGGUAUAAAGGAGAAUAUAAUUUCUUGUGCUCCUACUUAAACUCAAGCGGAGCGUUUUCUUGUAAUAUUGUUGUUCUAUACAUUAACACCUUCUAGCUUGAUACUCAAUAGAAGUCAGCUUUAAACAUGAACUAUCAAUUGUGCCGAUAUAUUGGGUUUCCAAUGAGAUCUCGGUAUCACUUCUUUUGUAGAUACAAUGACCGCAAUCAGUAAUGAAUCAUCAAACUAUUAUUAAAGUUUUUUUUUUAUCAAACUGAUCAGUGACUAUAUCAUUCACCUUUUGGGUUGGUCCUUUAUGUAUGGCAUUUAAUUAUGCUGCAACAAUUAAAACACAAUUAAUUAUGAAUUAAGUAAAUCUAUUAAUAAUUGACAUAAUGCUAUUAUUAUGUCAUAUUUUUUUCAUAAGUUAUGAUUUUCUAAUCUUUGUUUGAUAACUUUCAUAUUACAUGAAACUUAAUUCAUCGUAUUAUGAUGAAGUUUUUUCCUUUCGUAGAGAAGAACAAUUAUUUUUGCCUAUAUUCUUCAGAGUUGUUAGUUGUUUAGAGUAAUAAAUAAUGUUCUUUAUAAAAAACUUUGUAUAAAACCAGUUUGAUUGUUUAGUUUUUUCUUUCAUUUUCUCAUUUCUAAACUCAUUUCAAAAUUUAACAUUGUGUUCUAAGCGAUCGUUUGGCGAUUGAGUUACCUAUAAAACAUAAAAUAUUAUUUAUGGUUGGCAGUUGUAACAAAAAGUCUAUUGUUACAAAAUUUUGUUAGCUUUAUAUCGGGAAAAGAUUGUACUUUUGUCUGAUAGUUUUAUUUAAAUCAUAAGGUAUUAUAUAUUGUUAUUGUGGGUUGUAAGUAUUGGUUUUUUUUUUAAGAUAUUACACUGAGUGGAAACCAUGUCAAGUUUCAUGAUAAGAACUGUACAUUCACUGCCCGAAUAUAAAGUACCUAUUUAUUAACACUUUUAUAACUUGGAUCUGUUAACUUUUCUCACAGUUCAUUUUUAGGUCUGUGAGUAUUUUACCAUUAACCUAAUCCUGAUAGUAACAUAGAGAUGUGUUUCAUUAACAUUAUUAGGUCAAAAAAUCUAGUUUUUGUUUUCCCUAUAAAAAUAAUAUUUUUGUUGACAAUUUUAAUAUGGUGUCUCCAUGCUUGUUUUUGUACCAGAUAAUUAAAUUAUGUGAUUUGCGUAA